AUGCCUGAAAUUUGGCUCAAUACCUCUGCCUGCCCAUUCCUACUCACUGGGUUCCCAGGUCUGGAGAAAGUCCAUCACCUCAUCUCCCUCCCGUUGCUGCUGGCUUACAUCUCCAUUCUGCUUGGCAAUGGCACCCUUCUGUUCCUCGUUAAGGAUGACCGUAACCUCCAUGAGCCCAUGUACUAUUUCUUAGGGAUGCUGGCAGCUACGGAUCUUGCAGUAACACUGACCACCAUGCCCACAGUGCUGGGCGUACUAUGGUUAAAUCACCGGGAGAUUGGCCAUGGUGCCUGCUUCUCUCAGGCCUACUUUAUCCACACUCUCUCGAUUGUGGAGUCAGGGGUCUUGCUUGCCAUGGCCUAUGACCGUUUCAUUGCCAUUCGCAACCCGUUAAGAUAUACCACCAUCCUUACUGACACUAGGGUAAUGCAGAUUGGCAUAGGUGUAUUGACAAGGGCUGCACUGUCAAUCAUGCCCAUAAUCAUUCGCCUGCAUUGGUUUCCCUAUUGUCGAUCCCAUGUACUCUCCCAUGCUUUCUGUCUGCACCAGGAUGUCAUCAAGCUAGCCUGUGCUGACAUCACAUUCAACCGUCUCUAUCCAGUUGUGGUUGUAUUUGGUAUGGGGCUUUUGGAUUUUUUUAUUAUUUGUUUUUCCUACAUUUUGAUUCUCAAGACUGUCAUGGGCAUUGCUUCUACAGACGAGAGGGUCAAGGCCCUCAACACAUGUGUCUCCCAUAUCUGCUGCAUCCUGGUUUUCUAUGUCACUGUGGUUGGUUUGACAUUUAUUCACAGGUUUGGAAAGCAUGUUCCUCAUGUGGUCCACAUCACAAUGAGCUAUGUCUGCUUUCUUUUCCCCCCAUUUAUGAACCCUGUCAUCUAUAGUAUUAAGACCAAACAGAUUCAGAGUGGUUUGCUCUGUUUAUUCUCCCUGCCUUGUUCUAGAACAUAA